AUGUAUAGUCUUUGCUUAAAAAGAUCUUUUGUAAAUUAUAAUAAAGCAUGUUCAUCUAUUUUACGUCAAUAUACAACUAUACCUAAUACUAAGAAACCGCCUACUGCAGUUUUAUUAACAAAUAUGGGUGGACCAGAAACAACAGGAGACGUGUAUAGUUUUCUUUAUAAUUUAUUUUCAGAUAGAGACCUUAUGCAACUUCCCUUUCAAAAAUAUACAUCCAAAUUUAUUGCAAAGACACGAACACCAAAGAUUAUUGAGCAAUAUAAGGCUAUUGGGGGAGGAUCCCCUAUCUUGGCUUGGACUCGUAAACAAGGUCAAGCAUUAGAAAAGAUCUUGGAUUCCAUCUCGCCAGAGACAGCGCCCCAUAAACAUUAUAUUGCCUUCCGUUAUGUUGAGCCUUAUACGAGUACAGCCCUUGAGGAAAUGCGACAGGAUGGUGUCAAGAGAGCAGUUGUCUUUACUCAAUAUCCUCAAUAUUCUUGUUCAACUACGGGGAGUAGUCUAAAUGAACUUUAUCGUUGUAUCUCAGAGUCGGGGAUGAAAAGGGAUGAUAUUCAUUGGAGUAUUAUCGAUCGUUGGCCAACACAUCCUGGAUUCAUUGAAGCCAUGGCUCAAAGGAUAGAGGCUAAAUUGGCUGAAUAUACACCAGAGGAUCGUCAGGAGGCGAUCAUCAUGUUCUCUGCGCAUUCGUUACCCAUGUCGGUCGUCAAUCAAGGGGAUCCUUAUCCUGCUGAAGUCGCGGCUACUGUCGAUCAUGUCAUGACACGACUCGGCCAUCAAUACCCUUAUCGUCUCUGUUGGCAAUCUCAAGUAGGCCCCAAGGCCUGGUUAGGUCCACAGACCGCGGAUGCCAUUCAUGGUUUUGCCAAGGCUGGUAAAAGGAAUAUCGUAGCUGUACCAAUUGCCUUUACAACCGAUCAUAUCGAAACAUUAUAUGAAUUGGAUCAUGAAUAUGGUCAGGAGGCCAAAGCAUUGGGUAUCACAGGCUGGAAACGUGUGGAUGCCCUAAAUGAUGAUCCUGUCUUUACUCGUGCUAUGGCAGAUAUCGUAAAGGAACAUUUGGACCGUCAAGAAAAGCAUAGUGUACAAUGGUCACUUCAAUGUCCUGAUUGUCAAUUUUCUUCUUGUCAUCAUACACGUCACUUUUUUCAUUAA